UUCUUCCCAUUAAACUAUUUUUUCUUUUCUUUCUCUUUACCUUCCUGUUUUUCUUGCACAGCAUGAUUCUUUUUCUUUCUUCCAUUUGUUGAUCUGCCACUUUGGUCUCGAUCUUUGUCUUAAAUGGGCACUUGAGAUCAUAAAGACGUACAGGAUUUGAAGUGGGAAAAUAAGGAUUUUUAAAGAUUGUAACUUUAAGGGGAAAUUUUCGGAGCUGGGUUUUUCUUUUUAUUUGGUUAAGUGGAGUAAAUUUUGAAGAAUUGUAUUCAAUUUUGGGUUUUUUUGUUUUUUGAAUUCUGGGUUUUGAUUAUGGGUGGGUGUUUUCCUUGUUUUGGAUCAUCGAACAAGGCAGGCAGUAAUGGUGGGGGCAGUGUGAAAGAACUGAGCAAAAAGGAUUCAACUAAAGACAGCUCAGUUGGACAGCCUCAUCAUGUUAACAGAGUUAAUUCAGACAAAGCAAAAUCUCGGAGUGUUUCUGAUCCUAAGAAGGAACCAGCAGUACCUAAAGAUGGACCAACAGCAAAUAUUGCAGCACAAACAUUUACCUUCCGAGAGCUUGCUGCUGCCACGAAGAACUUUAGGCCAGAAUGUCUAUUAGGUGAAGGGGGGUUUGGACGUGUUUAUAAGGGCCACUUGGAGAGUACUGGACAGGUAGUUGCUGUCAAACAGCUUGAUAGAAACGGCCUUCAAGGAAAUAGAGAAUUUCUUGUUGAAGUUCUCAUGCUUAGCCUCUUACACCACCCAAACCUCGUGAAUUUGAUUGGUUAUUGCGCCGAUGGGGACCAACGCCUCCUUGUCUACGAGUUUAUGCCUUUAGGGUCUUUGGAGGAUCAUUUACAUGAUCUUCCAUCCGACAAGGAACCUCUGGACUGGAAUACGAGAAUGAGGAUUGCAGCCGGCGCAGCAAAGGGAUUGGAAUACUUGCAUGAUAAAGCUAAUCCUCCUGUUAUAUAUAGGGACUUAAAAUCAUCCAACAUCCUUCUUGAUGAGGGCUUUCACCCUAAAUUAUCAGAUUUUGGGCUUGCGAAACUCGGUCCUGUUGGUGACAAAACACAUGUGUCAACACGUGUGAUGGGCACUUAUGGUUAUUGUGCUCCAGAAUAUGCAAUGACUGGGCAGCUCACGCUAAAAUCUGAUGUUUACAGUUUCGGGGUAGUCUUUCUUGAGCUUAUAACCGGUCGCAAGGCCAUUGAUAAUACACGUGCUCCGGGAGAGCAGAAUCUUGUUGCAUGGGCACGACCACUUUUCAGAGAUCGUAGGAAGUUUCCAAAAAUGGCUGACCCACUACUACAAGGUCGUUAUCCCAUACGAGGAUUGUACCAAGCUCUUGCAGUUGCAGCAAUGUGUUUGCAGGAGCAAGCAGCAACAAGGCCUCUAAUAGGCGAUGUUGUGACAGCACUUACAUAUUUAGCAUCGCAAACCUAUGACCCUAACGCACCUGGCAAUCAAAGCAACAGAGUUGGUCCGUCAACUCCAAGAGUCAAGGAUGAUCGAAGGAGUAUGGCAGACGGUCUGGACAGCCCAGAUGCACGUGGACGGGUAGGUUCCCCGUCCACCCAUAGAAAUUCGCCUGAUUACAGGAAGAAGAACCAUGUUCGGGAAAUGAGCAGUGGUGCAGAGUUAAGUAGGAACGAACCUGGAGAGGGAUCAGGGAGGAAAUGGGGUAGUUUGGAUGAAUCAGAGCAGCAAGAAUCUCAUACAGACAGCCCUAUGAAUUCUGCUAGAGCAAGGGAAACAUCACGUAAUCGCGAUCUUGAUAGGGAACGAGCUGUUGCAGAGGCUAAAGUGUGGGGUGAGACUUGGAGGGAGAAAAAACGGGCGAAUGCGAUGGGUGGCUCUAAUGGAAGAAACGACUGAAACCUGCCAAAAAAAGAAAAAACUAAAUACAUGUCAUUUUGCUUAGUUCAAGCAAAAAAGAAAACAUGUUUGAAUCAUUUUAAAGGGUCAGCAGUGGCAAAAAGAAAAGCUUGAAUCCUUGACAGUCGAUCUCUCCAUUUCUACCCAGGAAAUAAGAGUUAAUUCAUGUACACAUCAUGUUGAAAGAACGCGUAGUGGAGCUGUUGAUUUAUUUGGGGGCAUUCACAGGUACAUUUCCAUGUUAAUCUAUGUAUUUAGGCUUUUUCUGUUUUUGUUGUUGAGAUUCAUGUUACUGGAGUUGCUGGGAUGAUGUGUAAUUUUUGGCCUGUCAUUUAAAUGAUACACCUUUAAAAAAUUGUCAUAA